CUUUAUUUCUACCGUCUGCUGGUGCCGGGAGCACGCCUGCCUUCUCUUGCCUUGAAAGCCUUCUGUCUGGACCAAGCCGCCACUUGUCUUCACGGUGAUGUUGGACUCCGUAACCCAUAGCACCUUUCUACCCAACACAUCCUUCUGCGACCCCCUGAUGUCUUGGACUGAUUUGUUCAGCAAUGAAGAAUAUUACCCUGCCUUUGAACAUCAGACAGCCUGUGACUCCUACUGGACAUCGGUGCACCCUGAAUACUGGACCAAGCGCCAUGUCUGGGAAUGGCUCCAGUUCUGCUGUGACCAGUACAAACUUGACGCCAACUGCAUCUCCUUCUGCCACUUCAACGUCAGCGGCCUGCAGCUGUGCAGUAUGACACAGGAGGAGUUCAUCGAGGCGGCCGGCAUCUGUGGGGAGUACCUGUACUUCAUCCUGCAGAACAUUCGCUCUCAAGGUUAUUCCUUCUUCAAUGAUGCUGAAGAGACGAAGACCGCCAUCAAAGACUAUGCUGAUUCCAGUUGCUUGAAAACAAGUGGCAUCAAGAGUCAGGACUGUCACAGCCGAACAAGCCUCCAAAGCUCUCACCUGUGGGAAUUUGUCCGAGACUUGCUUCUGUCUCCUGAAGAAAACUGUGGCAUCCUGGAAUGGGAAGACAGGGAGCAGGGCAUUUUCCGAGUGGUUAAAUCAGAAGCCCUGGCCAAGAUGUGGGGACAAAGGAAGAAGAAUGACAGGAUGACCUAUGAAAAGCUGAGCAGAGCCCUGAGAUACUACUACAAAACGGGAAUUUUGGAGCGAGUUGACAGGAGGUUAGUGUACAAAUUUGGAAAAAACGCACACGGGUGGCAGGAAGACAAACUAUGAUCUGCGCACACCGAGCUUGCUUGACGGAUUUCUGUUGUUUGAAACAAUCAGAUCGAAAUAGACAUUUGAAAGUCUUCUUUUUCCUCCUCCCUCUCCUCCUCUUCAAAACCUACAAACACGCUGAUAAAAAUCUCUGCACGUCUCAGCUCUCAUUUGGAUUCAGUUGUCGUCUAUUGGGGUGACGGCAGAACCCCUUAAGCAAGUGUCUUCACCCCAAGGGGGAGGAAGGGAUGGUCUUUUGUGGCAACUUGGUGAGACAUUAUUUCCCUAAUGAAGUGUUUGGAGACAAGGUAGUCAAUGUUAUGGGUACUGCUUCCAAAGAGGGGCCCAUUGCACCAUUAAGGACACAUUACCCUCCUAGUCCAGAGGUUCUGAGCGGUCAGCUGAGGCAGCUUACCUGGGAUUAACUUUUAGGAGCGGAUGAAAUGUACGGACGGCGUGCUUACUUUAGAUGUGAAAUUAUUCCAUAGAAGAAUUGCCUAGUAAAAAAAGCUAAGUCACUAAGCUGGGACCUAAUUGGAUGUAGCCUAAGUUAAUGAUAAGUUUCUUAACCAGAUCAUCAUUUGUGACCACACAGCCACUUGAUCCACAGCCAACCCCUCAGAACUUACGUACUCGUAAUUAGCCACACUGGGAACUGUUACUGAGAUCACGGCCCCAUUUCUCCUCGCUGGUGGCUAGCGUCAUUUCUACAGACUAGUCAACAGACAUGUACAUUAAUUCCCAAAUCACUGCUGUUUCUGUGAUUCAAACUGUCAACCUGAUCAAACCAGAACUCAUUGAUUCCCUCUGGGGCUAAGAUGUUAAACCCUUGUAGAGCAGACAGUGUCCAACAGCCCACAACAGCCGGGCACGUCAUCAGUCUCUCUUCCUUUCAUACCUGAUGAGUGCUCCAACUCUACCACAGAGUUUUAUCUCUUGGUAAAAGUAAGAACAGUGAAUUUACAACAAUAAGCGUUCAUGGGUUAGAGUCUCCACACCUGCCGUUGGCCUGCAACAAGGUGAACCGCCCCCCAACCUGGACUUCCCCAGAGCUGAGACUGCCAAGUGAUGAGGCACUGAAUAGCAAUGCAGGCUGAAGACCUCUCUGUUUAGAGUUUAACCUCAAAAAGCAACUUGUUUUAAAAAAAAAUGUGAAUUACUGUAAAAUAAUCUAUUUUUGGAUUCGUGUGUUUUCCAGGUGGAUA